GCGAAGCAAUCAUUUGACAUUUGUCGAGCGAAAAAAACUCUGCAUAGAAAAAAAGUAAUAAUUGUGUGUGUGUCCAGAAAAGUAAUGAAUUCCCGCGGAUUUUUCCGUUAACUAUGCAGAACCAAUACGAGAAAGCCACAUCCUUGGAUGGAAUUGUGAAGGAAGAUUACUUUAUGGAGGCCAACAGACAUUCUCACAGGAGGCUUCCACAGCCUUCUAUCAAUAGUACCAAUGUAAUCCAGUACCGGUUCACAGAGCACCAAUCUCCCGAUUACAUAGAGUCCGGAGGAUUGUACAAAUGCCUCUUCUGCGAAUUCAGGAGCCCAAUCAAAGCUCAUCUCGAUUCUCAUGCAAUUACGCAUAAAGUUGUACGAUUCAAUUGUAACUUUUGCUGGAAAUUCUUCAACGUUGUCGAGGAUCUGAUGGCCCACAUGUCCCAGGAGCAUCCACCCAAUGCAGAUCGACGCAAACGGAAGGCUGACACGGAAGCUUCAGCUGAAUCUUUCAAUGAGGCCAAAAGACAAGCCACUGACGACACUGCAGAAGUUGAAGCAUCCCCCUGUCCGCACUGCAAGGGAAUAUUUCUGGAGAAGGAUUUGCUAAAGAAGCACAUGGAAGAACUUCACAAGGAAUUCCUCGAUAAUUCCUCAAGUACUUCAUAUUUCAAUUCCUUUCAAUUAUUUCUCACUCAGAGAGCCAUAUCUUCGUAUGAUUCUUACUUUCCACCAAAGCAUCGCAAACGUUUCACAGUUCCAUGGAAGUAAAAUUAUUAAUAAAUAAAACAAUAUCAUAAAUUAUAUGUUAAAUUAAAAGAUAAGGAAAUAAAUUAUAUAUGUAAUAAAAA